AUGAUACGAGAGCAAGCAGUAGACGUGCGUCGUGCGGUGGUGCCGCGUACGCCCGCGCCGCCGGUGCCUGUGCGAGGUGAGCUCCGGGGUCACUGCUCUGACCUGCGCGUGGGCGCGCCCGUUUCCGUCCGCGAAACCGAAUCAUUGCGCCCCACACUCCUAAUUUUUAACGAUAUACCACAUCCACAUACAACACAGUCCACAACACUUGAUGUUAUGUCUUUAUGGCGGAAAUAG